AUGCGCCUCCUUCGCAUCACCUCUGCUGCAGUGCGGUGCACCGGCUAUAAAAGCUCAGCCAUCCCAGGGCUCCUCAUUCAACCAGCUCUGAGCAUUGUGACGUUCCCACCACCACUGAAGGGUCACAGCUCCAAGAUGUGCUCCAAACAAAGCUCCGGAGGCUGCCAUGGGAUGUCCUCCCARUCCAGCGGAUGCCACAGCAGCGGCUCCUCCAGUUACCAGUCCCAGGGCUCCUCCUGUUGCGGGGGCGGAGGGGGCUCCUCCGGCAAAAUCAUCAUCAGCUCUGGUGGUGGAGGAGGCGGAUCCUGCUGCAGCGGGGGCUCCUCUGGCUAYGGGAUGGGAGGGGGAUGCGGUGGUGGAUCCUCCGGGAAAAAGGUCAUCAUUGGAGGGGGAAGCAGYGGAGGUUCCUCUGGAUGUUGCAGUGGGGGCUCCUCUGGCUACGGGAUGGGUGGAGGAUAUGGUGGUUCUUCAGGAUCAAAGAGCAUCAUUGUAGGUGGAGGAUCCUCUGGAUGCUGCGGUGGAGGAUCCAGCUAUGGGAUGGGUGGAGGAUACGGUGGUGGAUCUUCAGGAUCAAAGACCAUCAUUGUUGGUGGAGGUAGUGGAGGAUCCUCUGGAUGUUGCAGUGGGGGCUCCUCUGGCUAUGGGAUGGGUGGAGGAUAUGGUGGUUCUUCAGGAUCAAAAACCAUCAUUGGAGGUGGAGGUAGUGGAGGAUCUUCUGGAUGCUGUGGUGGAGGAUCCAGCUAUGGCAUGGGAGGAGGAUACGGUGGUGGAUCUUCAGGGACAAAGGUCAUCAUUGGAGGUGGAAGCAGUGGUGGAGGUUCCUCUGGAUGCUGCAGUGGAGGAUCCAGCUACGGGAUGGGYGGAGGAUACGGUGGUGGAUCUUCAGGAUCGAAGAGCAUCAUUGUAGGUGGAGGAUCCUCUGGAUGUUGUGGUGGAGGAUCUUCAGGUUAUGGAAUGGGAGGAGGAUAUGGUGGUGGGUCUUCAGGAUCAAAGACCAUCAUUGUUGGUGGAGGUAGUGGAGGAUCCUCUGGAUGCUGCAGUGGGGGCUCCUCUGGCUACGGGAUGGGUGGAGGAUACGGUGGUUCUUCAGGAUCGAAGAGCAUCAUUGGAGGGGGAAGCAGUGGUGGAGGUUCCUCUGGAUGCUGUGGUGGAGGAUCUUCAGGCUACGGGAUGGGUGGAGGAUACGGUGGUGGAUCUUCAGGAUCGAAGAGCAUCAUUGUAGGUGGAGGAUCCUCUGGAUACUGCGGUGGAGGAUCCUCGGGUUAUGGGAUGGGAGGAGGAUACGGUGGCGGCUCCUCAGGAGGGAAGACCAUCAUGGGAGGGGGAGGAUACGGUGGUGGAUACUCCGGAUGCUGCAGUGGAGGAUCCAGCUACGGGAUGGGAGGAGGAUACGGCGGUGGCUCCUCAGGCCAGACCAUCAUCAUCAGCUCCGGAGGUGGGCACCUCCGGCACCCUUGCAAAAUUCCCAAUCCKGCCAUCGAUCACUUCUGA